UUUUUUUAAUUUACCACGCAACGUGGUGCAGCGUGCCACGAGUUGCCUGCCGUGCAGGGGGAUCAUGUCCCUGUCCAACCCCUUAUCCCAUGGGUUGUUGAAGGACCUUGGCAAACUCUCGGAGUUGAAACAACGAGGACUGAUUCUUGACCGUCACUUCGAGACGAUAAAGGCACAUGUGAAGGCGGGCAACUCCGUUGCGAAGGAGCGAUGGGACGCAAUCGAGAACGCAUGGGGGCUGAAGCAGACGGGUGUCUUCAACGAAGAAGAGUGGAUCACGCAGAUUGAUGGAGAGGCCCAGGGUAUUACCAGCAGCACCCGUCCGUCGUUUUUAACGCCACAAGAUGCGGGCGGCGCGCGAGGUGCACCGUCUUCGCACCCACCGCCUGCUACUGCUGCGGCUGCCGGGAAGAGAAAGGUCGCAGAUCGGGGGAAGCAAGCCAGGGAUCGAGCUGCCCAAGGUGUUCUAGGUGGCAACAUCAUCAACGCGUUCGCUCGUGGCAGCGGAAAACCGACACAAUGGCGAAAAAGAACGCGUACACGAGCGCCGUCCCAACCGUAUUUUGUAAUACCGUGCCCUCACUGUCCCAUGACCUUCGUGAACGAGCAAGGACUUGGGAUCCACGUGAAAACACAGCACAGCAAUGCAAACAUGUCCAACCGCUUGCGGCUGCAGCGGAUGCUAGGGAAGAUUCCCAAAGGGUAUGUUCAGCCGUGGGAAGAAGCCGGGCCUGGACGUUGUUGGCACGUAAAGGUCGAUGGUGCGACGGGGGCGGCUUCGUUCGUCCUCCAACGGAAGCGCUUCCGCGAUCUCGACUUGGAAAGCGACGGCUUUACGGACCGCAAAGUCAAGGAGACUCGUGGAGCUGUGAAGCGCAAGCGAUACGAUUUCAGGUUCAAAGCCCAUGUUGUGACCCAGCUGCGCCUCCUCCAGGAAGACGCCGCAGACCUCUUCAAGGAGGAGCAGCUCACGCCUCUCCAGUACUUAGAGGACCGUCUCAAGGUUAACUACAGCCUGAUCGUGAAGUGGGCUCAGGACGAGGCCAAUAUAGUCCAAUCGGCAGCAGAUGACGUGAAGAAGACCCUCCUUGCCAAACAGCAGCCAAAGCGGUGGUUUCCUGAGGAAGAGAAGAAGCUGUACAAUAUGUUCUUGGCGCGGCGGAGGAGGAAGCUGAAGGUGUCGACCCUGUGGCUGACGGUCACGUUCCGGAAGCUCGUGCAAGAGAAUCACCCUGAGGACCAACGGGCGGCGGCGUUCAGCGCGUCCUUCAGGUGGGCACGAAAAUGGGCAAAGAGGCAAAAGCUGUCCAUACGGCGAAGGAGCAGUCUGUUGAAGAGCGCCUAUCAAAGAUCCAGCGCUUCCACCGGCGGUUUCGCAAGCUCCUGCAAGAGCCGGUACGGUACAGGGCACCCGAGGCAUCGGACGUGUCGGCGAUGUCGACGGUCGCGGAGGGAGAGUCCAGAGAUCCCAAGUACGGUCAGUUCCAGCUCUGGGAGCGUUGGAAUGUGGAAUAAGUGCCUUUGCCAUUCGUGAAUGGGCUGAUCAGCACGUGGGAGAAGACAGGCGCGUUGCGUG